GCAUUAUUCACAACCUGUAACUUUCUUGUUUGUGUUUUAGUUAAAACGAGGUCUAAAAGGUUGGGAAGUUUGUGACAGACCUCACGUUCAGGGAACCGCCGGUAACCAGAUACCACCCACAAACGCAAAUGAGGCUCAAGAUACGAUCAGACGACAUGGGAAAUCCCGAAGUUCCCCUGCUUUAAAGUCAUUUCCGGCUAUGAUGCGUUUGACACGUCAUCGCUACAGAAAUGGUGCUAGGUCUAGUUCACCUCGCAUCCCUUCAAAGGAGAGUUCCGCGUCAUCGAACAAUUCUGACGUAAACGCAAGUCAUUCAAGUUCUACAGGAAGUAUUAAUAGCCACAAAGUACUUCCGAUUAAGAUAGGGCGACGUUUCAGGCACUUCCGGAGAAAUUCAAGUUAUAUGGAACAAUACCGUGAGGAGUAUACUUACCAACGCUUAAACGAAUUUCGUGAUUUUAGUAGUCUGCCUUAUUACGAUACACAUGCCUGUUCUUGUCGAAGCUGCGCCUGCUCACCAAAAAGCUCCGACCAUCGUUGGUACCCAAACCAAAGUCAUAUGGAAAAGUGUAAUGUUUUGCCAACAUGUGAGAAGAACCCGUGCAAAACUACUGGUGCACCCGUGCCGAAAAGAACGCCUGUGUUGAAGACACGCCCACCGCCGCCUCGAAAGAAGAAACAGCCGUAUGUCGCGCAAAUACCCAGGCUUGGUGAUGCACCCACAUGCAUUCCAAAAUUGGAAUUUUUUGCCACAUCCCUCACUGUGAACAAUUACAACCCCGUCAGAACCCCGCCUUCUCCAGCUCACAGAUCAGCCCCGAACUCCGCCUCCUCGCUGAUAAUGAAUUGUAGGCGUGGCACAAAAUCCCCAAUUCACGUGUCAACUAGCUGUGUGUAUCUUCUGAACCAAAAUCUGAAAGGUUUAGAAUGAUUAGUAUGGUUCUAUAAAAAGUAUGUUAGGCCUCUGAUAUUUUCUAUAGAAAAGGGUCAGUUUCUUUUUUGUAUUCCGAGAGGAGUCUUUGGACGAUAAAGACGAUAAAAUACAUUUCUUUCACUUUUUGUAUAAAACGGAGAUCUAUUUUAAUUGUACAAAUGUAGUAAAUAAUAAUAAAAAAGUAAAAA